AUGGAUAUUUGUAAGAUACAUGAAAACACCUCCAAAUGCAGUGCAAACACCAUGGAGUGCUUCAUGGUCCUCAGCACGCAAGCGCAGAAGAUAAGCAUUGCCACCCUGUGUGGCCUCUUUGGGACACUGUGCAUUUUUGAGAACUCUUUGGUGCUGUACUUGAUCUUCUCCUCCCCCAGCACUAGGAGAAAGCCUUCCUACCUCUUUAUCAGUAGCCUGGCUUUGGCUGACAUCCUGGCCAGCAUCAUCUUUGUCUGCAGUUUUGUUAACUUCCACGUCUUUAAUGAUACUGACUUCUCUAAAGAAAUGUUCCUGCUGCAGCUGGGAGGGGUGAACACGUCCUUCUCUGCCUCCCUGAGCAGCUUGCUGCUGACAGCCCUGGACCGUUACAUCUCCAUCAGCCGACCUUCUGAAUACAAGCUCCUCAUGACAAGGAGGAGAGCAUGGAUAGCCCUGGGAGUGCUCUGGUUGACAUGUGCGACCAUCGCUUCCCUGCCCCUCCUGGGUUGGAACUGCUGCACGCUUGAUUCAACCUGCUCUGAGCUCUUUCCAUUUGUGGAUGACAAAUAUCUGUCGAGCUGGAUCUGCUUCAUCAUGGUCCUGCUAGGGUGUAUCGUCUAUGCCUACGCGCACGUGCUAUGGAGGGCUCACCAGCACGUGGCCUACAUGGAGAAGCACCAAGUGCAGGUGGGAAAGCAGAACACCAGGAUGAGGAUGGAUGUCAUGCUGGCCAAGACCCUCGUCAUGGUGCUGACUGUCCUCGUGCUGUGCUGGUCUCCGGUCCUCAUUCUCAUGAUCUACAGCAUCUUUGCCAGGCUGAGCAAUCACCUGCGCAAGGUCUUUGCCUUCUGCAGCACCCUCUGCCUGCUCAAUUCCAUGGUGAACCCCAUUAUUUAUGCCCUGCGGAGCAAGGAGCUACAUUCCUCCCUGAGGAUGGUCUUUUCUCGGUUCAGGAGGCAGCCAAAGGCCUCUGAGGAAAGCCCAGAAGCAGAGAGCACCCACAAGUCCUCCAUGAUGGAGACCAUUUGUGAGGACAUGCGCGUAACGUAG